AUGAACCCACCUAAACAGACCCAUGGUUACCCUUCACGGUUUUGGACACGCAUGUCAUCUUGCUUCAGGCGUCGCAGGUGCACAAUGGACUUGGAGACCUCCUUCACACCCGAGUGGACAAUGAUGCACAGCUUUCUGGCCGUCAUGGGCGGCUUCGUUGUCGAAAUGAAGAAUCAGCCCGGAAGCAAGGACAAGGCGGAGAUACAAUCCUUCCUCCCUGGGAAGUCGAACGGGACACGCCGAACACGGCUUACGUUGGCUCCGGAAGCCCUGUCCUUCUUUAAGGAGAAAAAACUAUACUCCCUGAUUCCCAGGCCAUCACUCGAACACAUACAGAACAAGAGCAAAGCAGACACCCUAGCCAAGGCACUGGUUUGCUUACAAAUAUUAUGGUUCUGUGCCCAAUGCUUCACGAGGUUCGCCCAGGGUCUAGCAGUAAGUUUACUAGAACUCAACACCUUUGGCCAGGCAAUGUGUACCUUGAUCAUCUACAGCUUGUUGUGGAGCAAGCCGUUGAGCAUUGACGAGCCGGAAAAAAUGACAUUCGACCCCCAAGGUAUAACUGUGGAGACAAAGCUUCUUGCAAAGCCUCUUUUCCUGAAGGUGGACAAAUCCGAAGAUCUUUUGCACCUUGUCCAACUGACACCUGCUGGGGCCAACGAGAAAGCUGCUUGCGAUAUGAAGCAGGGUAACGACUGGGAUAGUAUCGAGUUACGUGGCGCUGGAUUCUUUGACAGGCCUAUAGACGAUUCAAGCCCAGCGAGGCGGUUGGCGGAGAUCAAUCGGUUAGUUCCUUAUGUGCGAGUCCUCCAUUCUGACGUCCGGCGGUGGCAACUCUCCCUUCUCUAUGAUGAUUUCGACACUGUCCCUUCCAACCUUCUGAAGGAUCGCAUUGGAAACUUUCCUCGGUUUGGAGAAACCGGCACACACUUCGAAUUUUGCUUGGGAUUCAGCAUUUUUGGAUUUAUCUACGGUGGUCUCCAUUGCGUUGCCUGGAAUGCACCUUUCUUCACCGAGAUUGAAAAGACGCUGUGGAGGGUGUCGAGCCUAUCCAUGACAGCCACCAUCAUCCCGGCCUUCCUCGUCGCCUCGUGGAGCUUGUUUCCGCCGUUCUGGCAAGAUCCGUUUGGGAGGAUCACCGAGAUACACAUCUUCCUCCAAAACAUCCAAGCGAAGGUCAAGCCCGAGGACUGGAUCUCCCUGCUAAUAUCAUGGGUCAUGUGUAAUAUACGCAAGAUUAUUCGACUGUUUCCACAACCCUGGGAAGGCUUUGACGAAGAUAUGAUCAAGAGAUGGGAACAUGUCGCAUACAUGAUGCUUUCAAUUCUUUUUUUCGUUUACAAGGUCAUCUUUGACACCAUUGUCAUGUUGCUUCUGGUCAUUUACACCUUGGCACGGCUUUACUUGGUGGUGGUUUGCUUCAUCAACCUUGCUCAUCUCCCGGACUCUGCAUACCUGGUACCUAACUGGUCUCGGUAUGUACCUCAUAUCGGCUAA